UGUUUACUAUUGCUUUGUUAUUUAUUUGUUGCAUGUGCGUGAGCAAUACAGUUUCGUGACUUUUUACGUAUUUUUUAUCAGCAAUUAUAACGCAUUUAACCGUUUAAUGUGUCGCGAGUAUGAAGCAACUCGCAUUUUGCAUAACUUUAUUAUUCUGCGCUUUUUGCGGACAAUGUCAUACAACCCAAAAAUCGACGCCUGAUGCUAAAACUUCAAAUAAAUCACUUAAUGUGAUUGAAUUAAUUCCCACCUCUGAAAAGUCCUGCGCGAAAUGGGAAAACAGAAAUUCAGACACCAAGCAUGAGGAAGGAAUGAUCAUGUCUAAGCCCAAGUUGGUAGUGACGUUCUUGGCCAAUUCGAAGUCGAUUAACAAGAUGGACGGAUUUGGCAGCGGAGUAGAGUCGCCAUUUUUUAUGGAUCCUUUACAACGACUCUUACAGUUUUUCUUCUCCUCUUUCAUACGAGAUUUUACUCCUGCCCUGCCUAAGGAAGAAACUAUUGAUAUAAAAACCGAGAAAAAUGAAGUGGACAAUUCAUCAGACUUCGACUGGCUUAAUAAAAAUGAUGAAUCAACUAUGUUCUGUGAACAUGGUAUGAAUGGGUUCUGUAGGAGUUGUCACAUGAAGGCCAAAAACAUGUUGGACACAGGACCAGGUCAAAUAAAGAGACAUAUCAACAUUUCCAGCUUAUUACAUGUUGAAAAAUCUAAAUAUGAUCCGAAACUUAAACGAAAUAUUACAACAAAAGAGUUGAUGUCUUCCACAACGACUAAGCAACCGAUAAAAACGCAGAAAACCGAUGCCGGCAAACAUAAACGGCAUUAUUUUUUAUCCAUUAGCGGUGACACUGAUCAAAGUGUCACCGCCCCAGAAACCUCGGUCAACAAACGUCUCAAACGAAAUUCCACAAACAAUAACUUCUUUAAAAUCUUUGAAGAUACCAUAUAUGAGAGUCUAAAUAAGAAUCCUGAAAUUUUAAGGAAAGAAAAUCCGGCCCCCAGUUCAACAAUAACUACUGGAGAUGUUGAUGAUAGUGAGAAUAUUCUGAUUGAAGAUAACGAUCAAGAAUUGUUUAAGUUUGGCAUUACACCACACCACGAAGCUGAAUAUUCACAUGGUUUGGCAUACUUUUUCCUGGUGACGCUACCAGUUGUCUGUACCUUUGCCGUGGUCAUUUUAUUCCUGUGUAUAUUUUUGAGGACGCGUAGCUGGUGCUGCAAGUUGUUCUUAAAAGAACCUGGAAAAACUUUGGAGGAACGCAACGCAACGAAGAAGUCAAAGCAUAUUGCGGCAUAAUAUUAAUAUUUUUUUUAUAUAUAUUUAUUAUUAGUAGUUUUGUUUACUGACAAAAUUAAUACUCUAUUUUUUUCAGUACAAUAUACACCUAACUCUCUUA